AUGCACUCGCGUCGACCCGAGACUUUGAAGAUUGACAUCUCAAAGUAUAGGGGGGUCGAAGAAGACUCCCUCUUGAGAUGGUUCGUCGAAUUGGAUGACGCCAUAAGGGCGCGUCGCAUCGACGAUGGGGAUAUGCAAGUUGCAUUUGCCCAGUCAAAUCUGGCAGGACGUGCCAAGACUUGGGCACUGGGGCUCAAGUUGCACGACCCAUAUGCGUUUGGGUCGUUGGAAGUCUUCAAGUCGCGGCUCAGACAAACGUUUGAACCGCCUAGAGCUGAGUUCAGGGCUCGAACCGAACUCUUGAAGCUCAAACAGGGUAAGCGUGAUGUGCACGCUUACGCCCAACAUAUACGACAUCUCACGAGUUGUAUAAGUUCCAAUCCGGUGGAUGAACACACGUUGGUUUCGGUGUUCAUGCAGGGUCUUGCGGAUGGUCCCGUCAAGACUCACCUGUUCCGACUUGAAUUAGAUUCACUAGAACAAGCCAUUUCCAUUGCGGAACAGGAAGACUUUAGUCUGAGACAGGCUCGCGCCAGCUCGACAUCGUAUCGUCAACCGAGACGAUAUGACAACGGAGGUCCAGAGCCGAUGGAAAUCUGCUAUGUAGAGAGCGAGAAGGCUCGCUCUACAGACUACAAGAAGUUGCAGAAAUGCAACAGAUGUCAAAAGACAGGACACUACGCUUACGAGUGUAGUGCUCCUCGUCCAGUGUCUCGCAACACUGGGCGUAGUGACCGUCCACCCAUGAGAAAGGGGCAGGGACGAGGGUCCGCUGUUGGUGCAAAGACGCAACAACGGUAUGGACCGUAA